AUGUUAGAAAAUCUAGAAGAUAGCCUGAAUGAUGAGGUGGGUCAAGACCCUCUUCUUGAGGUCGAGGAUACAAUAGACCAGCUCUUCCGCUUUUCACGAGCCGUUCGUCGAUCGGGCAUUCUGCGCAGAUUUGUGAGAGUUGCGAGAUACACUCAAUACGAUGACCACGGCGUGAACAUAACCGAAGAAUUUCGCAAAGGAGUUGAACGAAUUAUUGAGUUACGCCUACGGGAUUCCAGAGCGGGCGAGGAGUUGAAACGGCGGCUCAUGGAAACGAUUUGUCUUCGUCAGCAGCAUUUUGCCUACCUCAAAGAUCGUCAAAUCCAAAGCGUGUCGCAGCUCCAGUCGCAGCCCCUGUCCCCGACAAGAAGCACGCUUGCAGCGUCGUUUAGCGUAAGACACUCAUUAAAAUCAGGUGACCAACCAGCGCAACAAAGAAAACCGAAGCCUGCACCACGGGAGGGACCAUCCGUCUUCUCCGCAACAACAUUGCAGUCAGACAGACUUCCUAACACCUAUGCUCGCAGUGAGAAUGUCAACAACGACGAUGACAACAAAAACAAUAUUGUGCCCGAGGCAGUAUAUUUACCAGAUCCCCCUCUCUCGUCACCAUCCCAGAGAGAGUAUCAGGGUGAUGUCGCACAAAAUGAGCUUCUAAGACAUGUUGCAGAGCACCUUAUAGCACUAUCACAAAUAUCUCUUAUCGAUGUGGACGAUAAUGUGGCUCGUUCAGUCGUCGAGCCACAUUCGUCAAGAGAGGAUGGCAAUAGCUCUGCAGGCUCGGAGUUUAUUGCGGAGCGUAUGGAACUCAUUGGCGAGGCGGAAGCUGAAUUCAUGGACGAAGAUUUACAGCAGCUCUCCUGCCCUCCAAGUACAGAAAGCCUGCAUUGGGAGUUUGUAUUGAAACAACUUCCACAAGCCGAUUCCCAAAGAUUGGAAGACCCUAUAAUCCAGUCAUUCAUUGAGCACAACCAACAAAAUGCACCAUUCCUUCAGGCGCAGUAUCGAUCAAACGGGCCGCGCCAUCUAACCUCGGCCUCAACUCAAUUGAGACAAUCUUUGAUUCAAGCGGAGCUUAGAGUGUUUUUCCAGGGGACUGAGCAGAAUUUUGUACCGGUUUCGUCGCGCAGGGAACUUAUCACAAUGAUGACCGUAUUGACAAUAUUACAAGAGCUUGGAAUCACAGACAAAGCUUCAUCGACCGCUCUUGCGCGUGGAAUCCUCGAGAGCUCUGACAUUAUUUUCGCUUUCCUGGUCCAUCAAAAUGCAGAGGCUUCUAUUUUGAGCUUCAUUCAAGAGGGAAUAAGAGAUGAUGACUUGCCAUUUAUUAUGUCUCACGAUAAGUCAACAUUGGAGACGAAGGAUGGCAGACCAAUCGGCUCCGUUGAAGACUGGGAUAGUGACUCCAUUAGAAGGUUAGAGUCUGAUCAGUAUCGCUACCAGGCACCGAUAUUCCAUUAUCAGCAACAUUGUGAAUUGAGCGAUAAUUGUGUAUUUCCCAUAACGGACCUGGGCGCCGAAGAAGAUUUCCCAAACGUGUUUAGAGCACAAAUUCAUGCCGAACAUCAUGAUUUCUAUCUAGAGCCUUCAUCUGGGAAAAACUGGGAAUUUCUAGAAAUCCAGAGGCUCAUUGGUCAGCAUAAUGAAAACUGGUUCUGGAAGAUCCGGAACUUCCAUGAGGGUGUUGGAAUGCUUGACGAAGGUGCACACUUUCAAACACUUUUAUGCACUUUCAGAUACCAAGGAGACUUCUUUCUCAUCUUUCCGUGGGCUGAUGGCAACAUCCAGGACUUAUGGAACACUUAUAUAAAUCAGAAACCUACCGAAGCUUUAAUUUCAUGGUCGUUGACGCAAAUGGGUAAUAUUGCUCACAGUCUUGCGAAAGUGCACCAGCGGACGCAGUUCGAGUUUCACGGAGGCAUGGGGCCAAAUAGGAUUAAAUUCUUUUCGAACCGCCAAGCUCAAGAUGCGUCGGUGGACACUUGCCCCAUUACAGCUACAAUUUUGGCAGUAGCGUACCCUGGCAAGGACAACAAUAUUUAUCACGACAGUGGAUUUGUCAAUGUUAGAGACAGGGAAGGGCUAUUGACCUACGGUGCCCCUGACGCCCUUAGAGGUCAGGGUAUGUCUUCAGCAGCAGACGUCUGGUCCCUGGGAUGUACGUAUCUUGAAUUCGUGUCAUGGCUUUUGCUGGGAUAUGACGGAAUAAUGAAGUUUUCUGAUUGGCGAGGGUUAGAGGACGACACGCCUGAGAUGCAGACCGAUUAUUUCUACGCACUUGAUCUGCAAGGGAUUCGACCAUCCAUUUUCAAGUGGACGGAAAAACUCAAAAGCCAUUCAGAAUGUCCCAAACCUCUUAUCGCGAUCAUCGAUUUCGUCAUGACUGAGAUGAUAUUGUUGAAACCUGAUGAUCGUAGCUCUGCUGAGAGAGUAUUUCAGUGGUUCAGAGAGCUCCACAGGGAAACUUGUGAGGAGGGCUCGCAGGUACUUUCAACUGCGGCACAAUCAUUUUUAGCCACUUCGCGUGAACGAUAUUUGAUCAAAAAGAAUGAUGCCUGCGGACCCGCAAUGCAGAGUGCAAUAUUAAGCUUCAAUGUGCUUAUGUUCCAAGAAUAUCUAUUGGAAUCGCUGCCAGAAAAGUCCAACAAAUUCAUUGUGGUUCUAGAGGUUGGAAAAAACCUCCUCGAUGAUCCUCGGGUUAACAUUCCGGCCCUCUGGACCACGUUGAUGGGGUCCGAGGCGGAUUGGCAGCUGCAGACUGUACCUCAGGCCAACCUGGGAGGUCGUGUGAUCAAGGAACCCCAGGGGAAGCUCCUGGGUGGUUCUUCUGGAAUCAAUGGCCAGGCGUUUAUUGCGCCGUCCCAAGCGGGAAUCGACGCCUGGUCAAAGUUAAGCGCGAGAGAUUGGUCAUGGGAGAACCUUCAUCCGUACUACAAGAAGUCCUAUACCAUUCAACUGCCCGACGAUGCAAGCAGCGAGCACAUUGGCAUCGACUGGCUGGAUCAAUUCUGUAAAGGAACCUCGGGGCCUGUCAAGGUCUCUUUUCCUGCCGUCAUUCAGGACCCGCUGUGCAAGGCUUGGGUGGAUACCUUCAAGGCGACAGGGUAUGGCAUCACAGCCGACCCAUUCUCGGGAAAAUCCACCGGUGGCUACAGCAACCUUGCUGCCGUGGAUAGCGAGACAAAAACACGGAGCUACGCCGCAAGUGCGUACGGUCGCCCGGCUAUGGUGCGGGCUAAUGUGCGUAUCGACACGGAAGCACUUGUCCAGAGGAUCAUAUUCAAAGAAUCAAGCGAACCGAAUAUGACAGCCAGUGGGGUUGAAGUGGUUGUCCAAGGUCAGACUCGUGUUAUCAACGCCAACGCGGAGGUGAUUGUAUGCGCGGGAGCUCUCAACACUCCAAAAUUGCUCGAACUCUCAGGGAUUGGGAAUGAGGAGAUCCUCCGCCAGCACAAUAUCCCAAUAAUUGUGAAUAAUCCCAACGUGGGAGAGAACCUACAGGACCAUUUGAUGAGCGGCAUCAGCUUUGAGGUGGUCGAAGGAGUUGUGACUGGAGACACACUCAUGCGUCAAGAACAGAACGCCGUGCAGGUGGCUAUGAAGCUCUAUGUGGAGCACAAAGCAGGGCUAAUGACCAUUGGAGGGGUGCAGUCCAGUUACUUCAUGCCUCUGAUUGAUCUCCAGGGCCCGGACAGCAAGAUCUCCAUGAAGAAGUAUUUGGACAACUUCCUAUCGGAUUGCAGCUAUCCUGACCAGGCCAUCCGCGAAAUUCUCGAACAGCCGGGAGCGCUCACCUGUUCCAUGUUCAUGUUCCUGGCACAGGCCAACCUGCACGAACAUGGAGUUAUCCAGAGCAUGCCUUUUUCGCGAGGCUGUGUUCAUAUUGCGUCUGCGGAUCCCAGCGACAAGCCGAUUGUGGGCCCACGCUAUUUCACGCACCCGGCCGAUCUCGAAAUUAUGGCGCAAGAUGUAGAGAAAUUGCAUAAAGCAGAACCUCUUGCCAAUUUCCUGAAAGGAAAUGGCAGACGCAACCAUCCCGAUGCAUUUCUGACCGACCUUGACUCAGCAAAGAAGAAGUAUCUCUACAGGACACUGCAACAACAUCAUAUCAUUCCAGCGGCACGGCAGCAAUGCUUCCUUGCGACAAAGGCGGAGUGGUUGAUGGCCAAUUGUGGGUAUACGAGGCGGAGAUGUAACGAAAAUGCGGAGGAGGAGCGGGGGCCCGACAGGAAGCGACGAGUUGAGGCAGGGAUGCAGCAGAGCGGUAGCCAAACAUUGGAUCAUAAGGCAAGUGAAGGGUUGGUGCCUGGUCGACUAGGCAGCGGCAUGGUGAUGGUGACCACCGUGGAGGUGUUGGUUGCGGUGGUUGAAGUGUUGGAGAUGAUGAAAGGGUGCAGUGGACGAGGACAGGUCAAUGAAUUCCACUACUACUACUACUACUACUACCACCACCACCAGCCUAUAUUUUCACCGCCAAAUGGAGCGAACGCAUCCAACAAUUAUCUGGAUGAGCCAUGGUGCGAUCCAACCAGCAAGAAUAUACCCUGCACACCCAAGUCAUCCGAGUACCCGCAACUGGGUCUGUGGAUCAUUGACCACACUCUCCAUGCUCUAAGUGGUGCCUUAAGAAUGCUCCCCUUGCGACGCUACGCAAUUCAAUCUAGUAUGAAAUGGGUGCUGGAGCACCAGGACGAAGAGGGAGAUUGGGCUGGAAUUUACCCGGCAAAAGCGCACAGUCUCUUGGCUUUGAAGCUGGAGGGCUACAGCGUCGAGUCAAGCCCUAUGGAUUAUGGACUGGAGGCUCUCGAACGGUUCUGCUGGCGGGAUGCAGAAGGAGAGCGUAUGCAGGCAAGCGUCUCUCCCGUUUGGGAUACAGUUCUUAUGACGGUUGGUCUUUGCGAUGUCGGGCUGUCCUCUGGUACGCCAUAUACCCAGAGAUCUAUGGCCUGGGUCAAAAGCAACCAAUUACUCGACAAACGCGGCGACUGGCAUGUAUACCGACCCCAGCUAGCUCCUGGUGGCUUUUGCUUCCAAUACUUCAAUCGGUACUAUCCCGACCUCGAUGACACGGCUGCCACCCUUUUAGCAAUGAUGAAGCAAGACAGCUUUGCUGCCACUACCGCGCCUGUAUCGCGGGCCGCGGACUUUUUGCUCGGUCUUCAGAACAGCGAUGGUGGGUGGGGCGCUUAUGAGGUCGAUAACAAUAGUCUUUGGUUGAACCAGACUCCGUUCAGUGAUAUGGACUGCCUCUGUGAUCCCGCAACCGCCGACAUUACCGGUCGACUCUUCGGAGGCUGGUUUGGACGGUGGGGCGUCAACAACAUUUACGGGACUAGUAAUGCCCUUUGCGGCCUCGGCCAAUGGGCUGCAAGCGACAAGAAUAUCCAACGCAUGGUUCCACCGGAAAUUCAAUGUUUGAAGGCAAUUCAGAACGCGGACGGUGGUUGGGGAGAGCCCGUCUUGUCUUACAAGGACAUUAGCUACGCAGGUCGGGGUCCAUCAACAGCUUCUCAGACGGCUUGGGCUCUAAUGGGCCUUCUUCCGUUCCUUCCAUCCCCCGAUGAGGUUGUUGUUCGGGGGAUUCGGUACCUCCUGCGUACGCAGUCCAAGAUCUCAGCAAAUGGAGGAGCGAGCUGGUCUGAGACGUUUUACACAGGAAUGGGAUUCAAACUGGUUUUACAUGAAAUAUGA